AUGAAUAUGCAAGACCUGGUGUCGGCGGAUCCGCCGACACUGUCUGAGCCCUCGAGGAAGCGGCUAAGGACGUCGCAUGCGUGCGAUGUAUGUCGCAGUCGCAAGAUACGAUGUGACGGCAAUCGCCCAUGUGCUACUUGUGUAGCUUCAGAUCAGCCAUGUGCAUAUGGUUCUGAAGCAAGCUCACGUGGCAAGACAGAUUUGGUUCUUGAUGGAGUCUUGCGAAUAGAAAAGGCCCUUCAUGAACUCAAUUCUACUCUUGCUCAACAUGCAACUACAUCUGUCGCCAUUCGAGGUGCACACGCCACAUCUCCAGCUACAGUCCCGGCCUCAGCCAGCCCCUAUGUCGACUCACCACCCGUCACAGAGGCUGAAUCUAGUCGAACAUCGCAUCCAAACCCUAGGACGCCAAUCAGCGUCAAUGAUGCCCGCACUGACAAAGGUAACAGCUUCGAAAACGCGGUUCUUGACUCUAUGCACACAUCAACCACCGAAUCGGUUUUGUCAUGGCACCAUUUUGAUGUUUUCCCAUCCUUGCGUAACGACUACACUUCCAUAUUCCAAUUAGAGCAAUCAAGGUUUACAUUACCUAUCAAACAAUCCACCAUAUACCCCUACGCAACACCAGAGGACGUCAACUCCAUACUGGAGUCUUUUGAGCACAAUGUCAACUUUUGGUAUCCUACCAUGUCACAGAGACAGAUUGAACGAACAAGGAUUUUGCUAAACUCUGGAGUAACGCCUGAAGACAACGUGGAAGCAUGCAUUGCUUUGUUGACCAUGGCGCUCGGGUGCGCCAGCCAAGUAACCACGGACAUGGAGGUUGGUAGCAGUGUGUCGGACCAAGAUGCCAGGCGGCGGGCGUCUCGGAGGCAGAUGGGUGAUGUGUACUUUGACGCGGCGCUGAAGAAGGCAUAUGUGGCGCAUCUCGGCGUCACAUCGUUGUCGGCUCAAUGCUUGUUCUUCGUAGGCUUAUACUUUGCUUUCUUAGCAAGACCACUCCAAGCUUGGGAAUACAUCGGUGCAACUGCAGCAAAAUGCAUGAUGCUUUUAUCUUAUCCACCAGACCAGGCAUCCCAUGAGGAUAGAGAACGUACCAGGAGGAUAUUCUGGUCUUGCUAUAUCCUCGAAAGUGACUACAUUGCAGAGCUGUCUGCCAGUCCAGUCUCUGGCAUCUCCCGGAUAGAGUCUUCCAUUCCUCUACCAGGCACCUACAACACUCACACAACUCCAACCGAGGAAGAGCAAUCUUCCCUCUACUUUCUGGCCUGUAUCAGUAUGCGCCGACUCUUGAAUCGGGUUCACCAGCUACUGUAUGCUAGCGGAACUGGGGCAGCCCUUGAUACCGCUCGUUUUCCUUAUAUUGUCGCCGAACUUCAACAUCAACUUGACGAAUGGCGGAAUUUCUUGCCACCCACUUUUUCUUUUACCGUCGAUAUGCAACCAGCAUCUAAUGCGGCUAGUGGAUUCUUGAGGCAGCGAUACCUUACCUGCAGAAGUGUCAUCUACCGUCCCUAUCUAAUGUGGCUUCUUAGUGGGAGCCGCGGCGGCAAUGACGACUUGAGUGCCAGUGCUCCAAGUCAAGAUGCCAGAACAAAUUGCAAAGCAUGUCUGGAUGCAUGUUUGAUGCACAUUCUCAAUUUAAGAGGCUUUUCCCAGACUGUUCUUGUUGAUACGUGGAUCUGCUCACUUUCCAUGGCAUGCGCCAUGCUUGUAUUGCUGGCCGCAUGUCGUGUUCCAUCACUCCGGAGUCUUAUCGACCCAGAAGUUCUCAUGGCGGGCGAACACCUGAAACAGCUCCUACAAGGCUGGCAUCGAAUUAUAGGCGGACCGAGAAGUCCUAGCGUAGAACAGAGCAUACGCAUUAUUCACGAGGCGGAUAGAUUUAUCAGGGACGCGUAUUUACCAAGCCCAAGGGAUGGGUUUGCUGUGCCUAAGAAGCCGAGAGUGUAG